UUGAUUAAAGUUUCUGAUUAAUUGCGAUUAACGAGGAUUGAUAACAAAUUUUAAAUAUCUCAAUAUUAAUUAAAAUUAAAAAAUUUUACAUUUUUGUGUUUUUUUAUAAAUUCAUCCAAAAAAAUUAUAUAUUGAUAAUUGAUAAAACAUAUUGGCAACUUGUUUUUAUUGUUUUUGUUCUUAUUUACAAGAGCGAAAAAAACAAUUGUUGUUGGUUAAUGCAUUCAUUCAUUAUUGCUUACACGUGGUAUUAAGUUUGUGCAAAUAAGUCAGUUUUGCUAAUUGUAGGUGCCGUCCUAGUGUUAAUUGUAAUAAAGUUAAAGUAGAAUUAAAACUUUAAAGUGUAACAUGUAUCUAAAAGUGAAAAUUAUAAUUUAUAUUUAUAUAUUGACGUCUAAUAUUUGGAAAAAGUGUUAAUAUGGCUGGAGAACAAGAUUUAUUUGAGGAAAGCGAAACUGACUUCUCUGCUGACGACGAUAUAGCCGAUCCCACAUUCACCAUCGAAAAAGCCUCAAAAAGGAAAGGGAGUUUACUUUUUGAGGUUGCAAUUAAGGAGCGGCGUUUGGAUUCCAACUGGUCUUCAAAAAUAAUUUUUAAUGCUGAUUUCUAUACCGAUUUCGUGAAAGUAUGUUUAUGUCAGGGUUGCCAAAAAACAACAAACACUUGGAGUUAGUCAUUGUGUUUGGUUGUUGAAGUAUUUAUGUUCAAUUUUGUGUUCUCGAUCCUGCUAUUAUGUGUAUGGUUGAUAUUUAGCUACCGUGUAGUAAAGUUAUUGUUUCGUCGUUGGUUUUCCCAUAGUGAUAUGUAUCUUUCAUCAGAUGAUAAGGAGACAACUAUUGCAAAAUGCGUUGAGUGCGGACGUAAUAUUAGAGGCUACGCAGGGGUUUCUUCCAACUUUGUCACGCAUUUAAAAUUAAAACAUGCUGACGCUUACAAAAAAUAUAAAAAUAUGAAAUUAGGUAAUUUUGGUUCACUGCAAGAAUGCGUCAAUGGCAAAAUUUUACAUUGGCUCGUGGAUGCUGCUAUGCCUGUUUCUGUCGUUGACAGACAGUCCUUCGUCUCCAUAUUUGAGGGUACUGGACUGAAAAUAAUGAGCAGGCAAACCGCGAAAAAAACGUUGGAAGAUUCUUACCAAAACAUGUUGGCAAAAAUAAAAGAUGAAAUUUCUUCUGCUGAAUAUUUUUGUACAACUGCUGAUAUUUGGUCAGGGAAUAAUCGUGGUUUUUUUGGUUACACUUGCCAUUGGCUGACCCAAGAUUUUCAAAGACAAUCAGUGGCAUUGGCUUGUAGGAGGUUCAAGGGUGCUCAUACGGCAGACAAAGUUGGGCAGAUGAUCGCGGAACUUAACAAUUUCUUUGACCUUGAUAACAAAAACAUUGUUAUGACCAUUACCGACAAUGGGUCAAAUUUUAUUAAAGCUUUUAAAGACCAUGGAGUUGACAAUUUCCACCAGGAAGAAGACGACAGCGAUGACGAACUGUCUUUCCGCGAAAAUGAGUUUUUAUUGCCAAAACACCAUCGAUGCUCUAGCCAUACGCUGAAUUUGCUUGCAACAACCGAUUUUUUGAAAAUUUUGAAAGCAGAUCUGGCUGUUUACGAAAAACACAAAAUGAUUUUUGAAAAAUGUAAUAGCCCUUGGAAGAAGUGCAACUGGCCAAAGUCAUCAGAAGUUAUUGUCGCUUAUUUAGGAUCAAACUUGGUUGUGCCCGUUGUGACAAGGUGGAAUUCUUUGUAUGAUGCCGUUACAAAAAUAAUACAUCAUAAGAGUAGGCUUAAUAUUUUGUGCGAACAAUUAAGUUUGGCACCUUUUUCAUUAAGUGACGUUCAAUAUUUGGAGUCAUACAUGUUGCUGAUGACUCCGAUUGCACAGGCGUUAGACUUUCUUCAGGGGGAACAAAAUGUGAAAUUUGGACUCCUUUUACCUGUACUCAUUACAUUAAGCAACAAAUUGCAAAAGCUGAGUAAAAAGGAAUUUCACCUAAGCUCAGUCGCUGCAAAAAUUAAUCUGGCCCUGUGGAGCCGAUUUGAAAUUUUUUUACUUUAUCCCCUGAAGCAAAUAUUGCAAUCACAGCUGCUGUAUUGACUCCAGAAGUUAAAAUGAAGUGGCUGCCUUUUCUGGAAAGAUCCACAACUGACAUAAACAAGGAAAUAGUAUCCAGAAGGGUAAUUCAAGAAAUAUGUAGAUUCGCGGAAUCAUCAAAUCUCGCUAUUCAAAAUAAUUUGAAAAGUAAUGAUUUGAAACACAGUUCGAGCUUUUUCGAUUUUGAUGAUGAUGAUGACGAUAGAGCAAAGGAAACCAAUAAUAUGGAAACAGACCAAAUUGAUGUAUUGGGAGAGAUGUCCCUUGUUAAAGUGAGCAUCAAUAUUUUUCAAUACACCUCUAACUUCGUCAGCACCGGUAGAAAGACUGUUCUCCUUUGCCGGAAUAGUAAAUACACCACGCCGUGGAUCUUUGAAAGGCAAUUUCUUCGAAAAGUUGGUCUUACUCAAAGCCAAUGUAAAAUUUAAUAAUUAAUUGUUAUUAUUAUUGUUUUUAUUUACUAAGUUUAUGCAUAUUAAAUGUUGAAAUAUUUAAAAUUUGUUAUUAACCCUCGUUAAUCGCAAUUAAUCAGAAAUUGUACUCAAAUUGAAAUUUUGAUUAAUUUGAUUAAUCCUAGGAUUAAAUUUGAAAACGAAAUAAAUCCUCAUUAAUCGAACACAAAAUUUAAUCCUAAUCGAUUAAUUAUUAUAAAAAUGUUCGAUUAUCAUAAUUAAUCAAUUAUUACAAAAAUAACAAAAAAUUUAAUUUGAUUAUCAAUGAUUAAGAUUAAUAAUCAUUAUUUAACAGGUCUGCUUGAAUUUAAUAAACUACCAGCAUAAAUCAAAAUAUUAU